CGGGGCUUGGAGGGGGCGGGGAGGGGGGGCUCUUGGUCCGAGGGGGCCUCCUUGCAGGGAGGGGCGAGGCUGCAUCCGGACAAACACGGCGGGAAGGAAGGAAGGAAGGAAGGGAGGAAGGAGGAAAAGGAGCAUUCAACAAAACCACAUUUGUCAUGGAGAGAAACAAUUCAACAUCUAGUGGAUAUUGAAGAAUGUGGAAUUCCAAAGUGCAGUAAGGAAACCAGUCCUAUAGGAAGAAGAAAUGCCCCGAAGGUGCUGAUCUGGCUGAACUCAUAGGGAAGGAAAGCAUUUUAAAGUACCAACAUGGAGAAAAAAUCAUAUACAGGUACCGAAUGUGGAAAGAACUUUAGCCAGCAGAGACUUCAUGAAAGGACUCACAGUGGUGAGAAACCGUACCCAUGUCUGGAAUGUGGGAAGAGCUUUGCUCAGAAUGGAAAUUUGCUUAGACAUCAGAGAACUCACACUGGUGAAAAACCCUAUACCUGCCUGGAAUGUGGGAAGAGCUUCUCACAGAUUGGACAUCUGUGCUCACAUCAAAGAACUCACAUUGGGGAGAAACCCUAUGAAUGUCCGGAGUGUGGAAAGAGAUUCACUCAGAGUGGAAAUUUACAGAAACAUCAAAGGAUUCACAUAAGGGAGAGACCUUAUAUAUGUCUGGAAUGUGGAGACAGCUUUGCUGGCAUUAGAGAUCUACGUAAGCAUGAAAGAACUCACACUGGUGAGAAACCCUACCCAUGUCUGGAAUGUGGGAAGAGCUUCUCACGGAGUGGAUAUCUACAUUCACACCAAAGAACCCACACUGGGGAGAAACCCUAUAAAUGUCAGGAGUGUGGAAGGAGAUUCACUCGGAGUGAACAUUUACGGACACAUCAAAUGAUUCACACUGGGGAGAAACCUUAUACCUGCCUGGAAUGUGGAAAGAGCUUCUCGCAGAGUGGACAUCUACGUUCACACCAAAGAACCCACACUGGGGAUAAACCCUAUACGUGCCUGGAAUGCGGAAAGAGCUUCACUCACAGUAGAAAUCUACAUAGACAUCAAAGAGUUCACACUGGGGAGAAACCCUAUACAUGUCUGGAAUGUGGCAACAGCUUUGCUGACAUUGGAGAUCUACGUAAGCAUAAAAGAACUCACACUGGGGAGAAACCCUAUAAAUGCCAGGAGUGUGGAAAGAGCUUCUCGCAGAGUGGAUAUCUACGUUCACAUCAAAGAACUCACACUGGGGAGAAACCCUAUGAAUGUCUGGAGUGUGGAAGGAGAUUCACUCAGAGUAUACAUUUACGGACACAUCAAAGGAUUCACACUGGGGAGAAAUCCUAUAUAUGUCUGGAAUGUGGAAAGAAUUUUGUACAUAGUGGAGCUCUAUAUUCACACCAAAGAACUCACACUGAUGAGAAACCCUAUAAAUGCCUUGAGUGUGGAAAGAGUUUUAGUUGGAGUGGAAAUCUACGUUCACAUCAGAGAACUCACACUUGGGAGAAACCUUUUAAAUGCCUGGAGUGCGGAAAGAGUUUUAGUCUGAGUGACCAUCUACGUUCACAUCAGAGAACUCACACUGGGGAGAAACCCUAUAAAUGCCUGGAGUGUGGAAAAAGUUUUAGUCGGAGUGGAAAUCUACGUUCACAUCAGAGAACUCACACAGGGGAGAAACCCUAUACAUGUCUGGAAUGUGGCAACAGUUUCGCUGUCAUUGGAGAUCUACGUAGGCAUGAAAGAACUCACACUGGGGAGAAACCCUAUAAAUGUCAGGAGUGUGGAAAGAGUUUUAAUCGGAGUGGAAAUCUACGUUCACAUCAGAGAACUCACACAGGGGAAAAACCCUAUACAUGUCUGGAAUGUGGCAACAGUUUCGCUGUCAUUGGAGAUAUACGUAAGCAUGAAAGAACUCACACUGGGGAGAAACCCUAUAACUGCCAGGAGUGUGGAAAGAGUUUUACUCAGAAUGCACAACUACAUUCACACCAAAGAACUCACACUGGUGAGAAACCCUAUAAAUGCCUGGAGUGCAGAAAGAGUUUUAGUCGGAGUGGAAAUCUACGUUCACAUCAGAGAACUCACACUUGGGAGAAACCUUUUAAAUGUCUGGAGUGCGGAAAGAGUUUUACUCAGAGUGGAAAUCUACGUUCACAUCAGAGAAUUCACACUGGGGAGAAACCCUAUAAAUGCCUGGAGUGUGGAAAGAGUUUUAGUCGGAUUGGAACUCUACGUUCACAUCAGAGAACUCACACUGGGGAAAAACCCUAUACAUAUCUUGAAUGUGACAACAGUUUCGCUGUCAUUGGAGAGCUACGUAAACAUGAAAGAACUCACACUGGGGAGUAACCCUAUAAAUGUCAGGAGUGUGGAAAGAGUUUCUCACAGAGUGGAGAUCUACAUUCUCAUCAGAGAACUCACACUGGGAAGAAACUGUAAAUUUCUCGCAUGUGGACAGAGCUUCCUUGAGCGUGGAGAGCUACAUAAACAUAAUAGAGCCCAUCUUGAGAAAAACUCUAUACAGGCAGUCUACAAGUUACUAACAAUUUCGGUUCUGUAUUUUUGUUCCUAAGGUUAAUUUUAAGUGUAACUCCAUCCAAAUGUUAUGUAUGUAGAUAGAUAGAUAGAUGGAUGGAUAGAUAUGUUUUUCAUAGCAUACUUGAUGGAGUAUAUUGAUUUGGAUUUGUAAUUUUAUUUCUGUUUUUAAUAGAAUUGUUUUGGUUCUGCCUCAUGAUGUUGUUUAUUAUGUUUACUAUGUUUAACUUUAUUGUGUGGUGUUUUUUGACAAUCAAAUGUUUUUUAUGUUCAUGUUGGAAACUGCCCUGAGGCAUCUCGAGGAGAUGGAGCGGUAUAUAAAUAAAGUUUUUUAUUAUUAUUAUUAUAACGGAAGGGUUAAAACUCCUUUGGUUUUAGUUUUGCUGUCUUCUUCCCUAUUCAAAAUAUUUCACUUCACUUUCUGUCCCUGUGAUAAUUGGAUUUUGAAAAAAUUGGCUUGUUGUGGAAACAACAAGGAUAGAAUCAUAGAGAUGGGAGAGACCUUGUGGGCCAUCCAGUCCAAGCCCAUUCUGCCCAGAAGCAGGAAAACAGAGUUUUUGGGCAGUUGAUCAUGGCAUCAGGACACCAGCAAGAGACAGCCAGCAGUUGAGGAUUCCCAACUGGGUUGUUGUGUGUUUUCCGGGCUGUAUGGGCUUCCGGGGGAUCCCGGCCAUGAAAGCCUUUGACAACACAUUGAACAUCUCUACGGGGAGAAAUCGUUCCAAGACACACAGAGAUUGGAAAAACUAAGGACCAGGAAAGCACAUCUGCUGUGCUCCCUGACCUUCCUUCUACGCUGCAGGGACGCAGAGACCAUCCCACAAUUUCUCAUAGCCAAAAGGACUUUCAAAACACCACAGGUUCAUCAUAUUUACAACCGCCUGGAACACCUGAAGAAAGGAUUUCCCCAGGCCAGGAUGUGAGGCUAGGAAGGCCAUUCAAUGCUAACAAAGAUGAUUAAUUACAACAUUCACACUGGCCUCCAGCAGACAAGAGUUCUUCCCCCCACCCAGGAACUUCCACAGAUAUUUAUUUAUUUAUUUAUUUAUUUAUUUUCAGUAUUUAUAUUCCGCCCUUCUUUCUCACCCCGAAGGGGACUCAGGGCGGAUCACAUUAUAUACAUAUAGGGCAAACAUUCAAUGCUCAUAUAUAAACCUUCCUUGCUUAGUUUCUCCAUACCUCACAACCUAUGGGGAUGCCUGCUAUAGAUAUGGGCGAAACAUCAGGAGAGAAUGCUUCUGGAAUAUGGCCAGACUGUGACGCCCCUGGCUGCGAGAGCACUGGAAACCAAUACACCGAGGCCAAUAUAUAAUAUUAGAGUUUAAAGUUUGUAAUCCAAAAACCGAAACGCCCUCAAACUUCCAAGCAGUUUGAGUGGGGAAAACGUCCAAAUCUUUCACUAGAGUUCAAAGCAAGUCCAAAGGCAAGGAAUCGAAGACAAUGCUGGAUACAUGGCACGACUAGGCAAGGCUGGAUUCAUGGCAAGACAAGACAAAGAACACGGCUAGGCAAGGCACGGCAAGGCUAGAAGGUAGCGGACUUAAACGCAGUCCACACUUGGCUGGAAGCGAAGUUAAUCCUCCAAACUGACACGUUGACUCCGCGCUGACUAGCCAGCGCACAGAACUUUUAAGGAACUUCAAAUCUCUUCACAGAGCAGGUGUCCAAAUGCUCUUUUCCCAAGGGAAAAGAGCUAAAACAACAUCUUCACCAGAUGCGAUCCUCCCCGAGAGUUCUCAGGGGAAAAAAGGUUAAUCAGCAGAUUCCCUUGCUGCUAAUCGCGCGCUUUGUCUUUGUCCAGCUUUCUCCUGUCUGUUCGUUUGCACAAACAUUUUCCUAACAAAGGGAGGAGAGCUGGGAAGAGAAGACUCCGUUCCAAGGUCCUUUUUAAUGAGCACUGAACUGGAAUUGUCAAUAGGGAACAUCUGGAACGGGGCAGAGUUUUGCUGAAUUGGCACUAAACCUAUUUCCUCAUCGCUGUUGUCCACAAUGGAGUCAGGUUCACGGCCCAAGGGUCCAUGGGACAUCACACAGACAGCCUGGAAAACACACAACAACCCUGUCAUCCCGGCCAUGAAAGCUUAAAACAACACAGUUCCCAACUGGUCCCCAAAAUUGAAGUAUUUCUUGCCACAGGUCUUCUCUGGGUAGUGAGCGGCCCUCUUUCUUUCCAGAUGGGUCCUUUGGUGGGCAGGAUUCCCAAGGCUUAGCACAAGUCCAUGCAAAUAUUACUGUCUUCCCUUUUGAGAGGAUACAUUCUCAAAUGAGUGUGAUCUGCUUGGCCUUCUGAGGAGAUGCACUGGCUGGCAGGGCUACUCCUUCAGGUCUGGCCAGUCGGGGUCAAGGUGUUCGAUGGUGGUGAUGCAGUUGGGUCUCUUUGUGCCUCUGGCCAGUCCAGUCCCAAAGGGUGUGUGGCUGUUCAAGAAUGCUUGAAGUUAGUACUUGCCAAGAGUAAUGAACAAUAAUGAGUGUCUUUUAAGUCCAAGACAGAGAAGUGUGUAUGGGAGGGAAGAAUGGUGGGAAGAAGAGUAUAACAGUAAGGACAACAGAGGAGAAGAAAGGGAAGUGGAUGUGUUUUUGCUCAUAAAAAUAAAGGAAAUAUACCAAGAUAAAUAGAAAUAAUCAUCUAAACAAUUAGUAAAACGUUGAAGAAGGAUGCCAGAUUACUAGCAAGACCUCAUCCGAAGCCGAUUAGCUGGGACGAAGAUGGUGACUUCCAAAUAAAUGAAUGGGAGUUGCUUAAAACACAAGACAGCUUCACAUAGACUCAACGUUAUACAUCCCUAUAAAGGCAAGGGGAAACUUGGGCAGCUGUUAGGAAUUGUGGGAGUCGAAGUCCAAAACACCUGGAGGGCCCAAGUUUGCUCAUGCCUGAUCUAAGACAAGAGUUUUAAGCAGACCUGGAUGAAGCAAUAAAACCUCUGCAAGAGGGCUUCAAAUGACCUCUCACGUGGCUGAGAUUGCUGAAGCAGCUGGACAGGCUUUUUAAUUGGUAAUGAGCUGGGUGUUAAACACAGUUGGUCCAGCAGAUCAAUAGAGGAAUGUCAGAUGAUAAUUCGGACGUAUUGUGCAUCAACUCAAUGUAAUAUUACCUCAAAACCUCACAGCUGUUUGUCAGACAGCAAUGGAAUAGAAGCUGUAACCUCAUAGUAAUUUAUACUUUGGUAUUGUUUUAAUAGGACAUACCUAGCAUGGCAGCACCUGCGGCUGCACAAGGUGGAGAGGCCAAGGCCUUUUGAGCCAUGAAUCUGGCCCAGGAAGAACGAGGGAGUUGAGCUGGGAACAAGGAAUCUGCAAAGACGGCUUGUCACUCCAUGGGAUGAGCAGAAUAAGAGAUGCCAAAUCGAUUGUGUAGGACAACUGAGUUAUAUACGAGGGUUAGCCAGAAAGUAGAUUACGUUUUGGAAUUAAAAAUGAACAAAGUAUAGGAGAAAACAUUUACCAUAUGCAGUUGCAAGCCACACCCAAAUACCACUUCUCAACAUAGUCGCCAUUCAAAUCUAGGCACUAAUCAUAGCUAUGAGUGAGCUUGGCAACUCCUUCCCCACAAAACUCUGCCGCUUGCGUCCUCAACCAGCCGGUCACCCCUUCCUGCAGCUACGCAUUGUCGCCAAAACACUGUGUUGCCAGCCACCUCCCCAUUGUUGGAAACAAGUGGUAGUCGCUCUGUGCAAGGCCCGGACUGCACAGCGGAUGAGGAAACAACUCCCACCCAAACGACUCCAGAACUUCAUGUGUGCGACCCGCCAUGUGGAGCCCGGUGUCCCCAUGAAACAGCAAAAUCCCCACGCUCAACUUUCCUGCAGGCUUGUCCUGGAUUGCAAGCGGCAGAGUUUUGAGGACGCAAGUGGCAGAGUUUUGUGGGGAAGGAGUUGCCAAGCUCAUUCAUCGCUAUGAUAACUGCCUAGAUUUGAAUGGCGAUGAUGUUGAGAAGUGGUAUUUGGGUGUGGCUUUCAACUGUAUAUAGUAAAUGUUUUCUCCUAUACUUUGUUCAUUUUUAAUUCCAAAACAUAAUCUACCUUCUGGAUAGCCCUGGUAGAACAGUGUGGUCCAACUUUAAGUGACCCGAGGGCCAAUCAAACUUUAGUAUAGGAAUGUGAGGACCAGAGACAUUCCAGAAAGAAAACGUUUUUAAAAAACUUAAAGCAAUAUGAAGAAGGGUAAACGAUUCUUUUUUCAAAUGUUAAAUUAAAAUAUUUUUCCAGUAAGAAGGGCAAGGGCCAAGAAAAAUGUAUUUUGUGGGCCGCAUGCAGCCCGCAGGUUGGACCACACUGAUAUAGAAGAUUAAGUCAACAAUUCUGGGGGAUAGUACUAUAGUUUUCUUGAAUAUUAAUGGAUUAGAUUCACCAGGAAAGAGAUACAGGAGUUGCAGUUCCAUGAAGAACUUGAAACAAGAUAUUGUUCACCUACAAUGUUUCUCAACCUCUGGGACCCUCCCCUGAUGUUUUUGGCCUACAACUCCCAGAAAUCCCAGCCAGUUUACCAGUUGUUAAGAUUUCUGUGAGUUGAAGGCCAAAAACUUCUAGGAACCCACAGGUUGAGAACCUUUGAUCUACAAGAAAUUCACCUGAGAAAAUGGAGCAAAAAAGUAUUUAUCCUAGUUUUAUUUUGCAGAAAAAUUUAGCUCAGAAGAGACGAUCUACAGCCGUCGUGAUUAAUACUACCUGGGUUUUUAAAUUAUUCAAUUCUUGAAAGACACAGAAGAAAGAUACACAUUCAUAAAGGAUGAAUGGUGCGUAACAUGAUCCAGAGAAAGGACACAGACAUCUUUCUCCUGCUUUCAUCUUUUGCUCUUACUUUAGCAGGGAUUUAUUUUUCUGUUUGGAUUUAAUCUUGUACCCGAUCGAAGGAAGUUUGAGCCUAUGUGAUGUGCACAAGUUCGUAAAUAAAAUAUUCUGAUAUCUUCCCGUU